GAUUUGCCAAAGCUGCUACUUCGGUUCAGGAAUCUGAAGAGAUAUGGCUCGAUUUCAGGAAACCGUCGCGAGUCAUGAUCAAGACAUCAUGGGAGAUCUGAGGAAUCCCAGCGAGAUGGACGCGCUCGCGGGAGCGCGCUUCCCCAAGGCGCGGAAGCCGUACAUGAUAACGAAGCAGCGGGAGAAGUGGACGGAGGAGGAGCACAAGCUCUUCCUGGAAGCCAUGCAGCUCCACGGCCGCGCCUGGCGCCGCAUACAAGAACACAUAGGCACCAAGACCGCGGUGCAGAUCAGGAGCCACGCGCAGAAGUUCUUCUCCAAGGUCAUCCGAGAGUCGUCCGGCGACAACAGCUCCGGCGCCGGCGCCGGCGCCGAGGCGCCGAUCCAGAUCCCGCCGCCGCGGCCCAAGAGAAAGUCGGUGCACCCGUACCCGUGCAACCGGAGGAGCGCGCCGGGCAAGCACGCCCACGCGCUCGCGCCGCUCCAGAGGACUGACCGGCAGGUCCAGUCCGUGUGCGAGCAGGGGAAUGGCUCGCCGACCUCUGUGGUCACCGCGUCGCAGAUAGGCUCUGAGUGCUCCGACAGCGAUACGUCGACGAUUGACAUCGAGGAGAGGUUCCCCACGCCAGGCGUAGACACCGCUGAGGUUGCUGUGCAAGUGCCACCAACCGAUGUUCGUCAGGGCAGUACUUCUUCAGAAGAAGUGGUGUGUGGCACAUCUGAAGCUCCACAGAUUAAGCUAUUCGGGAAGACAGUUGCGGUGAACAAUGCGCACCAGCAAGCAGACCCCAGUACCGGCAACCUGACUGUCGCAGAUAUGGAAUUGGAUACUUCAGCAGAGACGCCCACCAGUGGAGCUGGGAACCUCUCUUCCCCUGGUGCACCACAAGCAAACGCAUGGAGCCCAUGGAUGGCGAACGCGCAGCAGUUCAUGUACUAUGUUCCUCAAGGGGCAGUUUUCUUCAGCUACAACGGUGGAAGCGUGCCCCAACCUUCCGAAGCUCAGAACAAGCAGAGGGAAGCGUCAAGGGCGGAGUCGAACACGGCCUCCACUAGUGUGCCUGAACAAACAACUCGGAACUCUGCAGAAUCAUGCACUGAAGCUGACGGCGGUGAUGACAAAAUGGCACCUGCUGCAGGUUUCAGAAAAUUUGUUGCCCCGAGUUCAGUCCACCAGCGAGGUUUCAUGCCAUACAAGAGGUGCGCAGCUGAAAGCAAGGUGCUGCAGCCUCAGGCCGUGAGCGAGGAGGCGGAUGGAGACAUGACGAGAUUGUGCCUGUAAAUGUCCGCUGUCACAGCGCUACCAUAGAUGGCGAUGAUGCUGAGCGCAGAUGACUAGAACUGAUGGAAUACUGCACAGAGGGCCUUCCUUCUGUUGCUCAUGAGGGCAUACUGAAACCAGUCAAACCACAGCGAUCUUUCAUAAAUGGAAGAACAGUUGUGGAUCCUGUGUUUUCAUACUUCUUCAUGGAGCGACUGUAAUUUUGUCCCAACAGUAGAGGUUGAGGCUAAACGGUGGCCAAUAUAGUUGUAGUAGGAUCGAGCUGAUGUAAAUUAUGCAGCUCAUAUUUGUAAAUUAAUGACAUGGCAGCAGAACAUAGAUGCUGCAAAGCCUUCUUCA